AUGGAAGAAAGCGAGGAGGAAGAAGUGGAAAACUUUUUAUGCACUGACUGGACCCCUCAUUCCAUGUCCCCCCACGCCACUGUGGCAGAGGAGGUGGAGAAGCCAGGAAUGAAAGUGAAUUUUGAUUUUGCCUGCAAGAAAGUGGGCUUUAGUCAUAACAAUGUUUCAUCCUGGCUGCACUUCAGUGUGGCCAUCAUCACCCUGGAGGCAUUUCCUGGCAUGUGGAUAAAUGGCUUCCUUGUUUGUGUGCUUUGCGUUGCCUGGGUCAAAAAGAAAACCUUGAACUCCAAUGAGAAGAUCUUGCUGCUGCUGGGAUGCUCCAGGUUUUGCUAUUUGUGCUUCUCAUGGGUGUAUUGCUCCCUUUCAAUAACUUAUCCCAAUUACCUUUAUGUGCAACCCACAUUUCAACUGAUUGUAUUUUUUCAAAGUUUUUCUAAUUGUUCCAACUUGUGGGUUUCAGCCUCUCUUUGUGUUUUUUAUUGUAUAAAAAUUGCCAAUUUCAGGAACAGCUUCUUCAUCUACCUGAAAGUAAAAACAGACAGGAUUGUGCCCUGGCUUUUGUUGGCAUCAUUGCUUUCAGCCUUGGCUAUCGGCAUCAUUGCCUAUGACUUGGCUGUUACAAAGCUCAGUAUCGACCACAAUUCCACCAGGCAAGGAAAUUUUUCACAAGUUAGUGGCCAAAUGGAUGAAAAUUUUUUCCAGAUAUAUUUUAUCUAUGGCUUUGGAUUUGUCACAUCUUUCACAGCAGUCAUCUCUUCUGCCCUUCUCCUUCUCUUUUCUCUCUGGAGACACAAAUGCAAGAUGCAGAAAAACUCCAUGAAGACCCUCAGCAUGGAUGCCCACAUCAAAGCCAUGAAAUCUAUUCUCUCCUUUUUUAUAAUGUAUAGUAUUAACUUCAUAGUUUUGAUCCUGUCACUAAUUCCUUCAACAAAGGAAGAAAAUCAUGUGGUAUUUCUUAGUUUACUAUUUUUGUAUGCUUUUCCAGGUGUUCAUUCCCUUAUUCUGAUUUUCAGCAAUCCCAAGCUGGAAAAGACACUGGUAAGGAUUCUAUCCUGUGUCAAGUGCAAGGAUUGCAUGAGGUAG